AUGGACAGGGAUGGGCUGAUGAUGACCAGGGAGUGUUGACCAAGAAUGGAGCCUGCGGAGGCAGGAUAAUGUCUUGUGAGACCACUCCUCUAUUCCUGAAACACGUAAACAAUGACCAUCUGUGCCCUGUGCACCAUGUGCCUGUGACGGAUCACCACUCACUUGGUCAGCCCUGAAGGGUGGGGGCAGGGCAGUGAGACCCCCAGGACCCCCACAACCCACCAACUCAUUUCCAGAACAUUUCUGAACAUUGCUGAGCACAUACUGAACCUGCGCAGUGAUGACAGACCCCCGCCUAUGGGGUGAGCACAUUGGGUUAUAAAAAGGGGAAACAUAAGUUUUCGGCGCGCGCCCACCACCUGAAGACUACAACUACGAGCAGAGAACAUUGCUGGAUCCAAGGGUGGUGAUAUCUUUUCUCUUUUCUCUCUCUUUCUUUCUCUCUUUCUUUUCCUCUCUUUGUCUCUAACUUAAUUUUUGGCACAUUAGGGUAAUAUUGUCACAAGUUUGCAUCCCUGCCCGCAGCAGGGGGGUUGGAACUAGAUGAUCUUUAAGGUCCCUUCCAACCCUAACCAUUUUGUGAUUCUCUGAUUCUAUGAUAAGUUUUGCUAAACCAUUACCUUUCACAGUUCUGCUAAGUUUUGAGUAUUGUUAUACCUUUUGCCAAGCCUCUCUCUUUUGUAGUUCCGCUGAGUUUUAAGUAAAUUUGUGAUUUGUUUGAACCUCUAGAGUAAUUGUCGUUACUCCCUGAUUACCGUGCAGAGAAAUAAAAAGUUAACCUCACCCUAACCCCCUGAGCGGGAUGGGAAACCCCCAUGCUCUAGCAGAUCACAUUUCCUGUCUGAUGUCAUUCAUGCAUGAAUUUAUACAAAGUCUCGUUCAGCGAGUGUGGCUUUUUCACAGAUUAUUUCCGAAGUGUCGUUGCUACAUUAGCUGUCACGUGGGUCUCUCGCAUCCUUGUUAAAAGAGGAGGUAAUUAAAGAUUCAUGCUCAAGGUCAGGGCAAAUCCAGGGAACACAGUGGAAGACUUUGAAAACUGGAUGCUCAUCCUGUCCACCCUGCUCUGGGCACAGGCACAGACAGAAAUCGUUGGGGGCCAAAGCUGCUGUAGAAAAGGAAGAACUGGGCAAAGGAAGAAUGACUGGAAGCAGAAGACUUGUCACAGAGGUUGAGCAUGGGGACAUCUGCCCAGGAUCUUACAGACAGGUGAUCAGAGGAAGAGCCUAUGAACCAGGUCCUUGGGGAGAAAUUUGGGGAAAAGCAAGAGCAAUUGGAUGUUGUUUAUUCUGUUUCCACAUCAUUUGUGACCUUACAAACCUUGACUCUGAACUACCCAUGGUCAUUUCUCUCUCUAAAGACAAAGGGUCCUGGUCUGCUGAGAUGUCUUCUUGACCAGGACUUGUUUCAUUUCUCAGUAAUUUUCACUCCCACUCAUAGUUUAACUCCUGCAGCCGUUUCCACGCACUUUCUGUCUCUGCUGCAUCCUCAGUCAUUUGGCAAGAGGUGGCAAAGCGGUUGUGGGAGCAGAAAGGGGGAACCUGGAAGGACUGGAAAGGUCAUGAGAGACUGGAAAAACCUGACAGAGUCCAGAGUUGGUCUACAGGUAGCAACAAACAUCAUCGCUUGGAAACCUUGGAUGCUUCUGGAGGACAGAGAAGGAGAGCAAAACAAAAGCAUCAGAUCCCAUCCCCGCCUGGCCCAUGGGAGCCGCUGAGUGACAGUCUCCAGGCACAAAUAGUGUCACUGCAGGGAUGAUACAAGCUGGUUUUCUGCUUAAAGCACUUUUCUUAGUACAAGUGAGGUCAUUCUGAAUGACUGCAGACAAUCCAGCGAAAAUCCUCUUUUUUGCCUCCUCUCCCACUUCCCACAGAUAUGAAGCUCUCAUAUCAUGGCAGACAGAAAGGAUGGAGGAUGCCAGGUGACAGCUAUGAUCUUGCAAACGAUGAGCCACCCCGGACAAGCACAGCUGCCUCUGCUUUGCUCCAAGUUUUGCACAGUUCAGCCCAACAGAGUAAGAAAAGACUCCUGUGUUUGAGUCAGAUAAAUUGUUCCCCAAAUUAGCAAUGCAGACAUGGUCAGCAGGAGUAGACCUUGGGGGGAAAAAAAAAAAAAAAAAAAAAAGAUUGGAUCUGAAUGAGAUAUAAAAGAAAUUGCUACCUGGAGCCUCGUAAUAAAUUCCUACGCACAAACACACCCAUCACUGAUCACAUCUUAUGUGCUGUCACUCCCCAAACCUCAAAUUACUGUAAUCAAAGGAAGUCAAAGUAAACGCAGUCCCAGUAUAAAACCUUCCCGUGGUGCACCUUGCCACAUUGUUCAGUCUCUGAGGGCACGACGAUCAUGAAGGCUUUUCUGAUUGUCCUGCUGGUGGCAGUCCUGUGUGCUGAGCAAGUUUCCUCGCUGUUUUGCUACACGUGCGACAAUGAGCACUCCAACUGGAACUGUCUUAAAACCUACAAGUGUGAAGACCAUGAGAAAUACUGUAUAACCACAUACAGCUCUGCUGGGUUAGGAAAUGACGUGGGACACCGCAUCACCAAGAAAUGUUCUGCAGACUGUCCUGAGACGAACGUGAACUUCGGUGUGGCGGCUUAUUCCACCAAAUGCUGUAGUACCUCCCUGUGCAAUUUCAGUGGUGCCAACAGCAUAAAAAUCAGCUACGCCGUGAUGUUCCUGGGAAUUAUGGCCAGUUUGAUCUGUGUCAUCAGGGCAGGAUUGUGAUGAGGGGUGGGAGAAGAUGUGACAACCAAGAACCUACAAGGUAUUCCCCAACUAAGAAACCAACAUGCUCUGUCAAGUGUCUCUAACAGGGUCUAUGCUACCCUGUUUCUUCCAAGACAUUGCUUCAGAUCCCACCCACAAAAUGGCAUGGCAGUGUAGCUCCUAUUUUUUCCCCUGUAUCAUUUGCUGUUUUGUACUAAUUUUCCCUGGGGAAAGCUCUUUUGAUAGCAUGUGUGUGACAACUGUCAGACAAAAUAAAGAUUUAUGAUAUUCUAGAGUGUGUUUGCUAUACCCACACUAAGAUCAGCCUGAGAAAACAGCCCUGCCAGAAAGGGCUGCAGUCUGAA